AUGAACGAGAAGAAAUGGUGCCGCGUUACUGAGGAUGACAGCAAUGGCAUCCGAAAGAAUGCUUUGACAACAGAGGCCCUCAAAAUGUUCCACUCUACAAAUAUCAGUGAUGCUUACAGCGACACGACAUCAGUGUGGAGCUCGGAAGAUGGCUUACAAAGUACCUUGUACUAUCCGGUAAACAACUUCAAGCAAGUCGAUAUCGACGACGACAGCGUCGACGGCUCUUCUUGUCAGUCCCACAAUGAAUUCUCGACUGAAGGUGCAGGUGAUAACGAAUCGUUGCUAUCAGAUACCACAUCGAGUCUUCUAAGAUUCAUGGAUGAAAUGGACAAUGAUAGCAUAACAGAUGUGUCCAGCAUCGCCAGCGAUGACGAUGAUGACACGUUCACAACUGUCAGCGAUACAGACUAUUAUACCGAUGAUCACUUCGAUGACGACAACAGUGACGUCAUGCCUGAAAUAUCACUGUCAAAAGUCGAAUUCGGGGUUAUGGACAAUACUUUAUCCGCUGCAACUAUCUUUCUCUAUGAAAUAAUUGCUGAGGUCGCUUCCGAACUGAACUCGAAAUACUGA